GCUAAGUAGGUGAGUGCCUUUGGUUUGCUCUUAACAGGAAAUUGGAAAAGGAGGCCUGCCAAGAUGCCGGAGGGUGGUGACGCCGGAAGGGUCCUGACCAUCGAGGAUCUCAUUGCAGCCCUAGAUCGAUACGAGAGGAACCCGAGUAACGUUCCGAAGGUUGAGACCUUCCAUUUCGAUGAGGUAUGUGCUCCAUAGGCACCACCAGGAAGUGCAGAAGGUUGUGGACGCUGCCCAUGGCAGUUGGGCAAGAUUCAGGGAGAACAUGCUGCGCAAGUAUCGGUUGGGUGAUGGGUUGCUUACCAUCCAAGAUCUUGAGCGGAAGAACAAGGAUAACUUUACCACGAUAGGGGCCUUCGUACAAGAGUUUAAGAAGAAGGCGAGGAAAGUUCACGGGAUCUCUGAGGAGAGGCAGUGCGCUAUCUUUCUGGGACUGCUUACUGGGUCAGAGGCAGCCGAACUGACGAGUCAUGGAGGAGGCAGCGCAAAGCUUACUUGGGCCACCAUCGACAGAGGAGAUGCCGAGGCGCAGAGAAAGGCUGUAGCCGUGGUCCAAGGCCGAGGGAAAGAGGUGGGGGAUGAAGGCGCCAGGCAAGAGGAUUACGGUGGGGAGGAGACGGGGUCGCAAAUCCUUACUAAGGCCCAGCGGAAGCAACGCAAUUUGUUGCUGGGUGGCCAAGGGUCUGGCAAAGGACAGGCCCCCCAGGCAAUUGCUGCACCACCAGUAGCCGUCGUAGCCGCGCCCAUAUCGACAGGGCCGGCGCCAAUGGGGUCGCCCCCGGCCUGCGGACAUUGGGUGCCACAUUGUCAAGCGGCACCCUGGCCCAGCUAUAGUCAUUGUACCUCGUGCGGAGGGGGCCAAGCCCAUACUGGACAGAUGGUUCCAUUCUCGGGUCCGUCAACAAGCGCAGGGCCGCCAAGUUUCCCGGCGACGCAAGGCCAAUUCACGGGCCAGCCUCCCCCCUCACAGCAAACGUCGCAAGCUAGUGUGGCGGGAGGAGGAGGCCAAGGGCAAGGGGGGCAGGGCAAUGGUGGUCGGGGACAAGGAGGCCGAUGGGGUGGCAGACGAGGCCGAAAUGGAGGAGGACGUGGCGGCAGAUGGAACAACCAAGGGGGCCAGGGCCAAGGAGACCAAGGUAGUCAGCAAGGAGGCCAAGGGUAUGGGAGACCCCGCUUCGACUGGCGGAAUGCAACCUGCUGGCAUUGUGGUAUUGUAGGCCACACGAUUCGGUUCUGCCAGCAACGGCGGGAUGAUGAGCUUGCGGGCCUGAUUUCCUCUUGUAUGGAUGGGGAUAUAUACGACAAGUGGGGGGAGCACAUUGACCCCAGGACCCCGGGAGGGAUCAGGCAGGAAGCCCUCAGGCGGGCGGCGGCAGGGCCAUCGACCGCCCCGGCCAUGUUUAGACUCUGGCAGGAGAGAGAGGACCCCGCCAUAAGGAUCGAAGAGAUCACGGGGGAUAGUGAGGAGGUUACGCAACGAUUAAAGGUCGGAGCCAUAAAGGAAGAGCCGAUAAUUGUCGAGUCAGACGAUGAGGAGAGAGAGGAUGAAGGGGAGCCAGCCGUAACCACCCUGGAAAAGAUGGAGGAUUUAAUGGAAAAAAUAGGGAGGUACCAGCGGAAGCUGAAAGAGUUAUGUGAUGAAGUCCAAGGGUGGAAAGCCGACCUCCCAAAGGUCUUCCUCUAUGAGACCGGGCCGGGGCCGGCAGCUGGACAGCAGAGUAGCCCCGGGGUUGCCGUGGCGGGGUCUGGCCCCAGGUCAGGGAUGAUGUUCAGGUCGCCCACCCCGCACGGGCGGGCGCCGCAAGCAACUCAAGCCAGGAGCCAAAGUAAGGUGGGUCCUAGUCAGCUACCAAGCCAAGCGCCAAGUCAGGCACCCCCACGAAAGAGACCUGAGCCUGAGCGUAGGAAGGAGGUGAUUGAGGUCCAGGAGGAAGAGGAAGAGGAUGACGACAUGGAGGAUGAGAGACUCUGUCAGGAGGAGGAUCGGUGGGCGGAGCAGAGAGCGCAGAGGAAGGAGGCGCAGGAGAGAGCCGAGCCAGGUCUACAGGAUGGUGUGCCCAGGAAAAGAAAGUACACCGUUAGGUUGGAGGAGGAUUUUGACGUAGAAAGGAUGGUGGACCGACUCCUUGAAGAUCACGGCGUGCUGCACGGGGCUAACUGCAAAGCAGUCUUUUGCGGCACCGCGUCGAACGUGAUUAUAGACAUCGGCAAGGUGCGAGCGAGGACGUGCUUUUUCAUCAUGCCAGAUGUGGACCAUCCCAUCCUUCUGGGUAGAUCGUUCAUGUGCAGAACGGAGACCUUGAUCUUCAACAAGCACGAUGGAACGAUGAUAUUGCUCCUGAGUGAUCCAGCCUGUGGGAACUACGAAGUUGUCACCUGCCGGAACACGGGGCCAGGGAGCGAGCGGAAUAGGCCUAACCCCGGCUCGUUCACCUAUGUGGAAUCGGAGAACGAGCGGCGGAGGCUUGCGGAGGAGUCCGAGGAGGAAGGUGGGGCAGAGGUGCUGUCACUAAGCCUUACAAACGUAAGCAAGGCUAUGGAGAUCGUGGCGGCACAUGAGAUGGCGGACCCGGAGGUCAUCAAGGCCUUGCGAGAGCAUGUUUUGGAAUGCCCGCAGGCAGGAGAGGUGGAACUUAUCUAUCGGCUUCCCGGAGGAAGAAAGGGGCCUGCAAUGGCGCAAGCGCAAACAACAAGCCGGCCUUUUUUAGGGGACGGCUCAAGCAGGGCGCCCAAAGGCGGUACAAAACGGUAGAUAAGAAGUGCCACCCUGUUCCCGUGCUCGUUACGGAAGAUGAAGAGGCAUAUUACGAGCGGGAGCGAGGAUUGAUACGGCGAAUGCAAGAGCAGG